AUGAAUUCCAGAAAAUUACUCUCAGAAACACGGAGAACCUUUCCUGCUACUAAAGUACACUGCCAGCAGCCAUCGCGGAUUCUCAUUGUGGAUGUCACAUCACCUUCCUGGACCAACACUUGUUCUAUACUCUCUGAAGCUCUGGAAAACACACUCUGUUUGGCAUGCAGUUUGCCAGGCCCCUGCCGCGUUCCCCUGCUGAGCCUCUAUGUGGUGCAGAGCCAGCAGGAGUGUCUGCUUCCCUUUACGCAAGUGAAAGAAAACUUUGCACGAAUUCAAGCCUGCAUUUCGGAGCUCCGUUCGCUGCCAAGAGAAGGCUGUUUCCCGCCGGGGGGAAAUGGAGUGGUACAAGCUGUGCAGGAUGGAUUGCAGCAGUUCAAACAAUACAGCAGACACACAGCAGCAGGAGGCUCAACAAAUAGUUCUGCUGAGAUCACAAUUUUGACCAGCCAGUCCAGCAAAGAAAUGGUAAAGCAGCUGGAAGAGAAGUUAAAAGACGUAGACCUUGUGAGUCUGCAAAGAAUACAAGUCACUGAGGUUUUGAAGCGAGACUUUCUAGAGCCUGAAGAUGUGCAACAGUGCAUGCCAGCAGCAGAGCCCAGCAGCAAUGACAUUGCAAUCCUGAGAAUAGACAUCGAUGUACAAACCGUAGAGGACAAUGUCAUCAGCUUGGAGAUGCUGUUUAAAACAUGGCUAUAUGACUACAGCACAGAGAGCGAACACCUCCACCUCCUCCUUCCAUCAGGAGCCUUCAGUCAUGCCACCGCACCCAAGCCCACCCUAAUGUGCCUGAAGUGUGAUUUGCAGGAGAGAUUGCUCAACCCAGCUGUACUUUCUGGGAUGGCUGAUGGCACCGGGAGAGCAGCAGAUCUGAAUUCACCCUGCCAGAUGGCAGCCUGGCCAGCCACAGUGCUGCACAAGCUGCGGGUUGUGAAGGCUCUGAAGUCUGAAGGGGUCUGCGAGUCUGUACUGUAUGGCCUGCCCUUCAUCAUCAAGCCCACAAGCUGCUGGCAGCUAGACUGGGAUGAACUGGAGAUAAACCAGCACAGCUUCCAUGCGCUAUGUCAUAGUCUUCUGAAAAGGAAGUGGAUGCUUUUGGCUAAACGUGAAUCGCAGAACACUGGUCCAAACUGGAACAUCAUGGUGCAUUCCUACUACAUCAUUGCCCCUUCCAACUCUGCCACUCUACUUGUCAAAGCAGUCGCCAUCAGAGAGCUCUUGCUGCCAUCAACCUUCCCAGCCCUCCUUGACGAACAGCCCGAGCAAGUGCAUGGCCCUAUAGAGAGUGCCCUGAACAGCUUGGAAGUGGAAGUCACUUAUAACCCCUUGCACCUGAAAAGCAACCUCUACAAAUAUCUGAAGAGCAUGCUGUGCAAACCUCUGCAGAGGCAGCAGGCCCAGCCCAGAGACCAGCGACCGGAGCGGCAUCAACCCAAACAGCAUCAGAGCAGAGCCAAAGCCACGGUGACACCCCUUCUGAUGGCUCCUUCUCCUGGCCAAGCGUUCAGACCAGCAGCAGCAAAGAGAGAUUACUGUGAGCGCUCCCUGCUCCCCAAAGAGUAUGACGAGUUCCUGCAGUGA